CGUUGCAUUUGCACGCGUUUGUGUUUCUGAUUGUUGCGGAAUUUCCAUGCGUUAUUUGUACGGAGCAUUGAAGUCUGAGCCCCAGGUGGCUACAUGAAGUAUCUUAAGGAUCGAGUUGCUGGCUUGAAAAUUUGUAGAGGAAUCGGAGCCGAGGUUGACGGUUCCAUUUGAGUCGUAUUCAGUUAAGAGAGGUGGUCUAGAGUGUCAAUGAGAGCUUUUAGUUGAAUCUGCCCCAGAAGAUUGUUGUAGAGAAGGCGACUUGAAGUGGUGUAGACGAAGUUCAAAGGAGUGGAGGCAGGAUGGCGGGUUGGGAUGAGGGCAAUGUAUUCUACAGCGAUCAGCAAUUGGAGGACAAUGAUGUUAAUGUGGCAGAUGCAGCUACUCGGCACACAGCUCAGCGCAAGUUCAAGGAGUUUAUCCGUAGCUUUGGCGAUGUGAAGGGACCAUUUCCUUACAGGGAGUCGCUGCUGCAAAAUCCGAAUGUUCUGCAAGUUGCAUUGGAGGACCUUCACAAUUUUGACGAUGAACUGUCUGAAAGACUUCGGACUAUGCCUGCUGAUUACUUGCCUCUGUUUGAACAAGCGGCUGCAGAAGUAUUGGUCGGACUUAAAUCUAAAGUUGCGGGCGAAGAUGGUGAACUGGAAGAGCCAAAUACUGGAGAUGUCCAAGUGCUAUUGACAUCCAAAGAGAAGGCUGCCUCUAUUCGUGGACUUGCUGCGAACAGUAUUUCGAGACUGGUGAAGAUUACUGGUAUUAUUAUCGCAGCAUCGAGAACAAAGGCUAAGGCUACAUCAGUCACAUUGAUUUGUAAAAAUUGCAAGAACGUUAAAUCCGUGGCUUGCAGGCCAGGUCUUGGGGGUGCGGUCAUGCCAAGGAGCUGUGAUCAUGUAACUCAGCCAGGGGAAGAGCCGUGUCCGCUAGACCCAUUUGUUGUGGUUCCCGACAAGAGUAAAUAUGUUGACCAGCAAACUUUGAAGCUACAGGAGAACCCUGAGGAUGUUCCUACAGGAGAGCUACCUAGAAAUUUGCUGCUAGCAGUUGAUCGUAACAUGGUUCAGAAGACUGUACCUGGAACUCGCGUCACUGUAGUGGGCAUUUAUAGUAUUUUCCAGGCUGGUGGCAGCGGACCAGAGCAGAAGGGUGCAAUUGCAAUUCGGCAACCUUACCUACGAGUUGUUGGCCUGGAGCAAGCCAUCGAUGCACACAAAGCUGGAGGUUCUAUGAACAAUACUGAUGAGGACAUGGAUUUCAAAGAAUUUGCUCGUAGACCAGAUGCGUAUCAAAAAGUAUGUGGGCUCAUCGCCCCUUCAAUUUUUGGUCACGAUGAUGUCAAGAAGGCAGUAGCAUGUCUACUUUUUGGUGGAGCUCGCAAGAGGUUGCCUGACGGUGUACGCCUGAGAGGAGACAUCAACGUGCUUCUUCUUGGAGAUCCCUCUACCGCGAAGUCUCAGUUCCUAAAAUUUGUUGAGAAGACUGCACCGAUUGCUGUUUAUACCUCUGGAAAGGGCUCCUCAGCUGCUGGGCUUACUGCAUCCGUUAUUCGUGACUCUAGCACGAGAGAGUUUUACCUUGAAGGAGGUGCUAUGGUUCUUGCUGAUGGAGGUGUUGUCUGCAUUGAUGAGUUCGACAAAAUGCGACCUGAAGACAGGGUUGCUAUACACGAAGCCAUGGAGCAGCAAACGAUCUCUAUAGCAAAAGCUGGUAUAACUACUGUACUGAACUCCCGGACUUCAGUACUAGCAGCUGCUAAUCCUCCAUCGGGCCGCUAUGAUGAUCUGAAGACAGCACAAGAAAACAUCGAUUUGCAGACAACGAUUUUGUCUCGAUUUGACUUAAUUUUUAUAGUCAAGGAUGCGCGAGAUUAUGCAAGAGACAUGCAAAUUGCACGGCACAUUGUCAAUGUUCAUGCAACUGCAGAUUCAAUUGUACGAGGUACAGAGGUCCAGGACAAGGAGAAUUGGCUCAGACGGUAUAUUGAAUACUCGAAAUCCCAAUGCAGCCCUCGCCUAUCAGAUUCAGCAGCGCAACUUCUCCAAAGUAACUAUGUCAAGAUUCGACAGCAAAUGCGUCAACAAAAUGAUGAGAAUGGAGGCUCACCAAUACCAAUCACCGUUCGGCAACUAGAGGCUAUUAUCCGCAUCAGUGAGUCCUUAGCAAGGAUGCAAUUGUCAGCAGUGGCCACUGAAGAGCACGUCACUGAGGCGCUUCGUCUGUUUCAUGUUUCUACUCUUGAUGCAGCUCGAUCUGGAAUUACUGCAAAUCUUGUUGUCACUCCUGAAAUGAGAGCAGAGAUUCAGCAAGUGGAAUUGCAAGUCAAAAGGCGCAUGGGCAUCGGCAGCUUCUUGUCGGAGCGACGCCUCAUAGAUGAAAUUAUGCGAACCGGUCUGGGAGAGUCAACUAUACGGCGAGCACUCAUUGUGAUGGCUCAACGAGAUGAGAUCGAGUAUAGGAGAGAAAGGCGCGUGAUUGUCAGAAAGGCCUAAGGACGUCUUGGUUGUGAUGUUCUUAGACGUUCUACAGGAGUAAUAUAUUUCUUUGAACGUUCUACGAAAUGCUUGACAACAAUAUCCUCGUUGAAGAUUUUACACCUAUACGUUCAUGAUGGCCACUGUAAUGAACGGCAAUGAGCUCACGUUCUUUAGUCCGAACCUGUUUUGGAUCGAUUCUGUUUUAGCCAACAUUCGACUUCAAUAUUUCAUGACCAUUCUUCAAUCGGAAAUUAGCUUGGGUAAAUCUCAACCUACAGCUCUGGAAAUGUAGAUUAAACUAGCUGGGUUAUACUCUCGCCAGAACUUCUACCCUAAAUCAAUCCUAGAUGCCAGAAACAGGACUUUCGUAAGCCCAAAAACUUGUAUUGUACAACCCAACUUGAAAAUCUAUCGUCUUUUUCAGCAUU